AUGCCACCUACUCUUCUUGACAGGAUGCCAACACCUCCUUUACUCACACAUAACAACCGUGAGUUUGUAGACUUUGAAAAGUCGAAUGAGGUGGAUCAAAGAGCGGAAACGUUUGGGACAGUUGAAGCGUUUCUUAACAAAUACGCGGAUCCAAAAUUAGCAACACCCAUCAAAACGUUACUGAUCGCCAACAAUGGAAUGGCAGCAUUCAAAUGUGUGAUGUCCAUCAGACGUUGGGCCCAAGAGACAUUCAAAGAUGACCGUCUCUUCAAAUUUAUUAAUUUAACUACUGAACAGGAGAUUUCUUCAAAUCCAGAAUAUUUGAAAAUGAUUGACAAUUUUGUAUUCUCUGAAUCUGGCGCAAAUGAGAAUAAUUAUGCAAAUGUGGAUGACAUACUGAAGCAUGCUGUGAGUAACAACGUGGAUGCGGUAUGGGCGGGUUGGGGACAUGCAUCUGAAAACCCCGAUCUACCAAAUGGUCUGAAAAAACAUAAAAUCCUUUUUAUGGGUCCACCCGGGCCGGCAAUGUUCACAUUGGGUGACAAGAUUGCUUCAACAAUACUUGCACAGUCAGCUGGCGUGCCUGUAGUAUCUUGGUCAGGUAGUAAUAUAUUUUUAUCUAAAGAAAUCUGUGAACGAGGGCGAAUUGAUAUUGAAGUAUCACCAGAACUGCGUGCUGCUGCCUGUGUUUAUGAUCAUGAAGAGGCAAUACGUGUAAUGAAGGAGAAGAAAAUUACAUAUCCUGUUAUGAUCAAAGCUUCGGAAGGUGGUGGUGGAAAAGGGAUUCGUUUAGUGCGCAGUGAAUCUGAUUUCGAAGUAAAUUUUAGAAGAGUGCAAGCAGAAGUAGCCGGUGGGCAUAUUUUUUUGAUGCAUUGUUUGGAAGGUGCUCGGCAUAUUGAAGUGCAACUUUUGGGUGAUAUGUACGGUGAGGUAAUUGCACUGAGAACCCGUGAUUGCACAGUUCAGAGGAGAUGCCAGAAAAUUAUUGAGGAAGCACCAGCUAUUGCUGCACCUUUAGCUGUUCAGAGAAAUAUGGAAGCAGAUGCGGUACGUCUGGCUAAAAUGGUUGGAUAUGUUAGUGCAGGCACUGUUGAGUAUUUGUUUGUUCCACAAACUAAUGAGUAUUUCUUCCUGGAACUUAAUCCAAGGUUGCAGGUUGAGCAUCCGUUAAGCGAAAUGUUAACAAAUGUCAAUUUACCAGCAGCACAAUUACAAAUUGCGAUGGGGGUACCACUGCAGUGCAUCAGCGAAGUACGUCUAUAUUAUGGCAAAAGCCGAUAUGGUACUGAUAAAAUCCCAUUCCAUCUAAUACAUCCACAUUGCGACAAGCACGUUGUAUCUGUUCGAAUAACAAGCGAAGAUCCGGAAGAGAACUUCCGGCCGGCAUCAGGUGAAAUCACCAAUUUGAAUUUCCGUUCUACUCAGUUCGUUUGGGGAUAUUUUUCGCAUGUUGGCGCUGGAUCUCUUCAUGAAUUCGCAGAUUCACAGUUUGGCCAUCUGUUUGCAACUGGUUCCACAAGGCAUUUAGCGAUCUCGAACAUGUUGAAUGCGUUACAGGAACUGCAGCUUCAGUCGAAAUUUCCUGUAACGCUACCCUAUCUCAUUUCUUUGUUCAAAGAUAGCGAAUUUGAGCAAAAUAGGAUUGAUACCACUUGGCUGGAUAGGCGAAUUGCUUCUAAGAAGCAUACGGUAGAGCUUCCUUCACUUCCAAUGGCUGUAGCCUAUGGUUCAAUGUUAAUAGCACAUUCAAAAAUUACGGAAGCAUUCAGUGCCUUUAGUAAUGCUAUAAGCAGAGGACGUAUUUUACAGCCAUCCGACCUUACUGAGACACAUCAAGUGGAGCUUAUUUUUGACAACAUUAAAUACAGUGUUACUGCUACACGUACUUCAAAUUUUGAAUAUAUGAUUAAAAUGAAUGGUCGCUGUGUUCCCGUCGAAUACCGUGAAUUGCGAAAUGGUACCCUUCUGUUGAAAUAUAAAGACCGUUCGCAUCCAUGUUACAUAGAAGAGGAACCUGAACGUUACAAAGUGCAUAUUGGACGGAUGCAGAUAAUAUUUGAGAAAGAAAACGAUCCAACAGUGCUGCGAUCAUCAUGCGCUGGUAAAUUGCUGAGUUUUGAAGCAGAAAAUGGAGAGCUGCUUUUGCCGGGUCAAAUAUAUGCCAGUAUGGAAAGUAUGAAAGUUGUUUUGGAUAUGCGCGUGAAAAAGUUUAAAUUUAUCGUAAUUUUUCGAUCCGAAAACAUUUGUGGGGCAUCACUGAAUGCAAAUCGUUUCUCUGGCAAUUGGUUUCUUUUUCGACAAACUGCUGCUUCACACUGGGAGCAUUUAUCCCAGUUUUCUGGCUCCAAGGUUGGAGGUCGUUUCGAAAAAGUUGCACAGCCCGGGCAGAUGCUGCAUCCAGGGACUUUGGUUGCUCGUUUAGAAACAGAAAAUGGUUUAACAGUUACCAAACCCAUUGAUUUUGAGGAUUCAUUCGCGGAGUGGACACAAAAUGUCGCUAAAAAAUCUCCGAUUAAUAUGUAUUUCACAAAUGUUGUUCAGGAAGUGCAUAAUGUCUUUGAUGGUUAUUGUAAAACAGAGCCAACAUUCUCGAACUAUGCCGAUAGUUUAGUAGAAUCUCUUUUUUCUGUACUCAACGAUCAAUCGCUACCAUAUGAACAAAUGCAGCAAAAGCUUGCCGUUAUGAAAAGCCGUAUUAAGCCAAAAAUACUGAACCAACUUAAUGAAUUUCUUGAAGUUUGUGCUGAUGAUUUCCCUGUGAAGAAAGUCCGGAAAGCUAUCGAAGAUUAUCUAAAUGAUUUGGAUCCGCAAAAGACGAAGGAAGAAAAGAUGAUCUUUGAACCAAUAUCACGAGUUUUGGCCAGAUUUGAAGAUGGAACAGAAGGUCAUAUUGCUUUGGUUUUGGAUGAUCUUCUUGGACAUUAUUACAAAAGCGAAAUAUUUUUUCAAGAAGAUCAGUACGACAAAUCUGUUACAAGACUUUUGUCUCAGGUGUGUGAUACGGAACGGUGUGUUAGGCUGAUUUGUUCACACACAAAGAUUAAUGAAAAAAAUUUGUUGGCAAUGAAAAUUUUACGGCGGAUUAGUAACAAUCGUCGCUUAAUAUUGCGGUUGUCGCCUGUACUGGAAAAGAUUGCCAGCUUUGUGAAAAGUGAAAAUUUGGAAUUGGCGCAUGCUGCAAGGACACUGCUGAUUGAAGCGGAAACACCAACAUAUACUGAAAUUAAGAUUAGGGGAUCAUCACCGAGCCCAACUAAUCUGGAAAGAUAUGACAUACUAUUUGAAAUGUUUGAUAAUAAUUUCGAUUCGGUAUUGAAAUAUGUAACCGUAUGUUGUGGUGUUCCGGAAGCUUCUAUUAGACGAUUAGAAGAUGGUCACCCCCAUGAUGUACAAUUUUCCAUUCCAAUACAGAAAAUUGCGCAUGGAUUGGGUCUUCCAAAUGACGAAGUAGUUGAAAUAAGUGUAACGAUGCGGGUUGUCGGUGAUGUAGCAGAUAUAGUUGAACGAUUACCACAAGUAGCUGCGAAAGUAGUGAAACCAGAUUCGACCCUCUACAUCGUUUCACAUACUGAAGCCGUCCGGUGUGAUGCUAAUUUGGAUGAAAAAUUCUCAGUGACUUUAAAAGAAGCUAUUAGUCGUGUACAGAAUGAAAAUAUUCGCCAAAUCGUAAUUUUGAUAGCAUCAUCGGAUUCCUAUCCAUUAUUUUUCUACUAUAACAUGUUCCGUAAAGAAGAAAUUCGUUCACAGCGUAAUAUUGAUUUGGCUCAUCUUCCUAAACUUGGUUUACAUCGUAUAAAAGAAAACUACAAUAUUGAAAAAUUGAAGUCAUCGCAUAACUCGGGUCACUUAUAUAAAGCAGAAGGGAAAGCUGAUCCAACAGAACACCGGUUCUUUUAUCGAGCUGUGGUUCGAGUUGUUGACAGCUAUACAGCUGAGGAAGUGACAUGCAGUGUUAUUAAAGCCCUAAAACGUGCUUGCUGUGAAAUUGUCGUAGCUUUAUACCGUUCAAACACAAUUGAUCGAAAUCAUGUUUUACUGUUUAUCCAUCGUACACCAUCCAAUAAGGAAAUACGGAUGAGUCCAGCUGAUUGGAUAAAUGUUAUUUAUAAGGCUUAUCGAGAAUGCAAAGAUUUCUUGUGGCAAUCACAGGUGAAUCAAGUUGAAUUUGAUUUCAUUUUGUUUGGUGAGCGGCGAAGCUUGGAGCAGGCGACGAAAGUAAUUAUAACUGAUGACACUGGUUUCACGCCAUUUAUUAGAGUAUUGCGUGCGGAAGCAAGUAGUGGGAAUUCAAGAACCAAAAAGUGGCUUCACGUGGAUGCUGGAAUGGAUGGUUUUAAGCAUGGUCUCGAAAUAAUGGUAGACAAUCGGCGUAAUCCAGAUUGGAAUCCCUUUACGGAUCCAUACCUUGGCAGAUCUGAAAUUGACAAGCGACGUCUGAAAGCUCGUGUAUUGAAAACUACUUAUGUUUACGACUAUCCACUACUUUUCCAGCGUGCUGUAAUUGCCACAUGGCUUGCACCCACAGAGUCGCAGAAGUCAUCAGAUUUGAUCCUUGAAGAUUUGUGCCAAUUUUAUGAACUGGUAUAUGAUGAAAAUUCAAAGCAACUCGUUGAACUAAGUGAAAGUGGUUCACUGAGUAAAAUUGGGAUAGUUGCAUGGCGUGUGCGGUUAGUUGUUCCAGAAUACCCAGAAGGGCGGGAAGUGAUUGUUAUUGCAAAUGAUAUCUCCAAUCAGAUUGGUUCAUUUUCGAUGUGUGAACAUCGUCUGUAUUAUGAGGCUUCACGUUUAAGUCGAAAAGAAGGAAUUCCACGAAUAUACAUUGCUGCUAAUUCGGGUGCAAGGAUUGGCUUAUCAGCUGAUCUGAAAAAACUUUUCAAAGUUAUAUGGAAGAACGAAAAUAAUCCAGUGGAAGGUUUUGAUGGACUUUAUCUUACAAAUGACGAUGCACAUGCACUACAACAAAUUGUCGCUACACAUCGUAGAAAUGGUUUCUAUCAGAUUGAUGGGAUUAUAGGCAAAGAGCGUGACCUUGGCGUAGAGAAUCUAGUUGGUUCAGGGAUGAUUGCGGGUGAAACAUCGCGAGCAUAUAAUGAAGUAAUAACCUAUUGUUUGGUAACUGGUCGAACCGUUGGCAUUGGUGCCUAUGUUGCUCGGCUUUCAAGGAGGAUUUGUCAAGUCGAAAAUGCAGAUAUUAUUUUAACUGGCGCACCUGCUUUGAAUUCUGUGCUCGGUCGUGAAGUUUAUACAUCCAAUGGACAGCUGGGUGGCACUGAAAUAAUGACUCGUAAUGGUGUUACGCAUUCCACCGUUAGCAAUGAUUAUGAUGGUGUCCGCCAAUUGUUAAGGUGGCUGUCUUAUACGCGUAAAAACGUGAAGGCGCCGUUUAAGGAACCAAGCUUUGAGUAUAGUGAAGACCCCAUUGAUCGAUGUCUAAAUUAUUUACCAUCACAGAAUAAGGAAAGUGAUCCGCGUUUGAUGAUGACGAUCUUUGAUCAGAAUUCUUUCGAAGAAAUUAAAUCAGGCUGGGGAAAAACGGUAAUCACAGGUAGAGCACGUUUGGGCGGCAUCAGUGUUGGCGUUAUUGCUGUGGAAACAAGGAGUGUUUUUGUUGAAAUUCCGGCUGACCCGGCUGCUCCGGACUCUCAGGCAAAAUGUAUUCAGCAAGCUGGCCAAGUGUGGUAUCCUGAUUCUGCAUAUAAAACUGCUGAAGCAAUCGAAGACUUCAAUAAAGAAUCCUUGCCACUGUUUAUUUUAGCCAACUGGCGUGGCUUCAGCGGCGGUCAGAAAGAUAUGUUCGAAAUGGUCCUCAAAUUUGGUGCUUAUAUAGUUGAUCAAUUAUGUAAAUACCUUAAUCCGGUGAUAGUUUAUAUUCCACCCUAUGGAGAAUUACGUGGUGGGGCUUGGGCAGUUAUUGAUCCAACGAUAAAUCCUGUAUGCAUGCAGAUGUUUGCUGACCCGAGAUCAAGAGGUGGUGUUUUGGAACCAGAGGGAACUGUUCAAGUGAAAAUGCGUAAAGAUUUGGUACCACUAAUGCGACGAUUGGAUAAGGAAAUGAUUCGAUUAGGAAUAUUGGAAAAAGAGGGUAACGAUGUGAAAGUGGACAUCAAUGCUCGUAUUCAACUGCUAAUGCCCACGUAUCGCAAUAUCGCUAUAACAUUUGCUGAUUUGCAUGACACGGCAGUGCGAAUGAAAGCUGUUGGUGCUGUUAAGGAAGUAGUGAAAUGGGAAGAAUCAAGAGCAUUUUUCACACGACGGCUUUUAAGAUUGUGCAUCGAACAUGAUAUAUACAGAGAGGCUGUCGAUGUAAAGUGUUUAGAAGAUAUUCGGAAAAUGCAGGAAUCUUUACAGCAGUACUUUACAAAAACUCGCGAUGAAACCUUCUCUUGGUAUAAUUAUCCGGAUGAGGAUGCCAUAAAACUCUUACAUAAGGAAAGGGAACAAAUUGUUGCUUUCCUUGUUGGAAACGAUUUCUUUACAAUUGGAAAGCGUUAUGGAAUACCUUCGGAGAAGCUUGGAGAUUUCGCGAGAAAGUGUGAUUUAUUAAUACGGGAAAUGAAGAAUGAAAGUGUCCGAAAACUAUUAGCCACGGUUGAAAAUAUUGCUGGUGAGAAACAAUAG